AUGUAUGGUUCUUUGGGUUUUGUUCCUAAAGCUGAUCUUGGGUUCUUAACACAAUUCUCCAGUAAAGAUUCUUCACUGGCUACAGGAAGCAACUUGUUUAUCGUUCCACAUCAGCUUACAAAAUUUAGGUUGGGACCCGCAAAACUGCCGUUCGUUUCAAGAUUAUUUCGUACGACAAGAUUAUUAUCAACUCAAACAAGGGCAAAUCAUGAUUCCACCAUCCCUGCCGUUGUGACAGAUGACGACCUUUCAGCAACGAUGAGAAUCAAAGCAAACGCAAAAAAGUUACGAAUUUUGGAGCUCGAUCCUGGCUUAGGACCGUACAAAGAUCAAUUUGAAUAUAGAAUGAAGAGAUUUGCUGAACAGAAAACACUUAUUGAUCAACAUGAAGGAAGUCUUGAAGAAUUCGCAAAAGGUUAUUUGAAGUUCGGGCUUAAUAGAGAAGAAGGGAGCAUCGUCUAUCGUGAAUGGGCACCAGCUGCCGAGGAAGCACAACUAAUUGGAGAUUUUAACGGGUGGGAUGGAUCCAACCACAAGAUGGAAAGAAAUCAGUUCGGAGUAUGGCACAUCAAGAUUCCCGAUGUCGAUGGGAAUUCAGCUAUUCCUCAUAAUUCAAGGGUAAAGUUCAGAUUCAAGCACAAUGAUGGAGUUUGGGUUGACCGGCUCCCAGCUUGGAUAAAGUAUGCCACUGUUGACUCUACUAGAUUUGCUUCCCCUUACGAUGGCGUUAACUGGGACCCACCGGCUUCAGAAAGGUAUGAAUUUUCGUACCCCCGUCCACCAAAACCCGAGGCACCACGAAUAUACGAGGCUCAUGUCGGGAUGAGUGGUUCAGAACCUCGAGUGAAUUCAUACCGAGAGUUUGCGGACAAUGUUUUACCUCGGAUUUGGGCAAACAACUAUAACACGGUCCAACUGAUGGCCAUAAUGGAACAUGCUUAUUACGGAUCAUUCGGCUAUCAUGUUACGAACUUUUUUGCCGUGAGUAGUAGAUCAGGAACACCUGAAGACCUCAAAUAUUUAAUUGAUAAAGCACAUAGUUUAGGUUUACGGGUUUUGAUGGAUGUUGUUCAUAGCCAUGUAAGUAGCAAUAUCACCGAUGGGCUCAACGGAUAUGAUGUUGGCCAAGCCACACAAGAUUCUUAUUUCCAUACCGGGGAACGGGGCUACCAUACGUUAUGGGAUAGCAGGCUUUUCAAUUACUCGAACUGGGAGGUUCUUCGUUUCCUUUUAUCAAACUUGAGGUGGUGGCUCGAGGAGUUCAAGUUUGACGGGUUUCGGUUUGAUGGGAUAACUUCCAUGUUAUAUCAUCACCACGGAAUCAACAUUGCCUUUACGGGGGACUACCAUGAGUACUUUAGUGAAUCAACCGAUGUUGAUGCAGUAGUUUAUAUGAUGCUUGCAAAUGAUUUGAUUCAUUCGUUGUUGCCGGAUGCAACAGUGAUUGCGGAGGAUGUUUCCGGAAUGCCCGGUCUUUGUAGGCCCGUGGAUGAGGGUGGGAUCGGGUUUGAUUUUCGGUUAGCUAUGGCUAUUCCCGAUAAAUGGAUUGACUACUUGAAGAACAAAAACGAUGAUGAGUGGUCAAUGACCGAUAUAUCAAGGAGUUUAACUAAUCGACGAUACACCGAGAAAUGUGUUGCUUAUGCCGAGAGUCAUGACCAGUCGAUUGUUGGAGACAAAACAAUUGCAUUUUUCCUUAUGGAUGAUGAAAUGUAUUCCGGGAUGUCUUGUUUGAUGGACGCUUCACCAACUAUCGAUCGUGGGAUAGCACUUCACAAGAUGAUUCAUUUUAUAACGAUGGCAUUGGGUGGAGAAGGUUACCUUAAUUUCAUGGGAAAUGAGUUUGGCCAUCCCGAGUGGAUUGAUUUCCCUAGAUUAGGCAAUGACUGGAGCUACGAGAAGUGCAGACGCCAAUGGGAACUUGUCGACACGCAACACUUAAGAUACAAGUUUAUGAACGCUUUCGAUAGAGCUAUGAACUUGCUCGAUGAUAAGUUUUCCUUCCUCACAUCGGCCAAACAGAUAGUGAGCAGCACAGACGAAGACGGCAAGGUUAUUGUGUUUGAACGGGGAGAUCUAGUGUUCGUUUUCAAUUUCCACCCCGAUAAGACAUAUGAUGGGUACAAGGUUGGUUGCGAUUUACCGGGGAAAUAUAGAGUUGCUCUCGAUAGUGAUUCUUGGGAAUUCGGUGGGCACGGAAGAGUUGGUCAUGAUGUCGACCAUUUCACUUCGCCUGAAGGAAUACCGGGAGUCCCGGAAACGAACUUCAACAACCGUCCGAACUCGUUCAAAGUUCUCUCGCCACCACGGACUUGUGUGGUUUAUUAUCGAGUUGAAGAAGACAGUCCAAACAACACCAUAGACGAAGCCUCACUUGAAGUCGAGGAUAAAGAUUUCGAAGACGCCGAGAAUUUCCAAGAAGCAACUUGUUUCAUCGAAAGUGAAGUUGCAACUUUAAAAACACCCGAGGAAGAAGAAGACGACGGCGACAUGAGAUUUAUUUGAUCAUUAUCGUUGCUUUUGGAGAAUACGAUGAACCGUUUGUAUUAUAUUACCGCUUUCGUUAUUUAACUUCUUUUACGUACAUGUCAAACCAGAACAAACCAUUUACGCUCCAACAUAUGUAACGAUCCUAUUAAAUAAUCAUAAAUAUUUUGA